CAACAACAGUACCAAUCUUCUUCUUCUUUUAUUCCAUUCCAUUCUCAUCCAAAUUAUAAAAAUAAAUAAAUAAAUAAAUAAAUAAAAUAAUCCCUAAUUUCUUGGAAGAAAAAUCAUAUACAUUCCUCUACAAAAAAGGAAAGUAGGUUCUUUUCUAUUCUACUCCAUUUAUACACACACAUAUAUAUAUACGCGUUAAUAGGUGCUCCAUUGUUGAAAUUGAGGUCCAAAGCUUUUUGACUUCACUGUUUGGCCUUCUCGGAGUCUUGAAGCAGAAUGGGAGCCCGUCGAAACGGCGACGUUGCGUUCUCUCCCUUUUGUAGUUUCUCAUCCUCUAACAACACCAGACUCGGCAAACACGUUCACGACAACGUCCAUGGCAACAUUUACCUUGACCCUCUUGUUUUGAAGUUUAUUGAUACUGAGGAGUUCCAAAGGCUUAGGGACCUCAAACAACUUGGCAUGACACACAUGGUUUAUCCUGGGGCUAUGCAUUCUCGGUUCGAACACUCUCUUGGGGUGUAUUGGCUUGCUGGGGAAUCUGUUCAGAAGCUAAAAACUUAUCAGGGUUUGGAGCUUGGUAUUGACAAUUUUGAUAUUCAAACGGUGAAGCUUGCUGGACUUCUCCAUGAUGUGGGUCAUGGACCUUUCAGUCACUUGUUCGAACGUGAAUUUCUUCCUCAAGUUGUUAGUGGUUGUACUUGGUCUCAUGAACAAAUGUCAGUGAAUAUGAUUGAUCACAUUGUUGAUCAGCAUUGUAUUGAUGUUGACCAUGAAAUGAUCAAAAGAGUGAAGGAAAUGAUACUAGCUAGCUCUGAAUUUAAACUUCCUCAAGGGACAAGAGAAAAGAACUUUUUAUAUGAUAUUGUUGCUAAUGGCCGUAAUGGAAUUGAUGUUGAUAAGUUUGAUUAUAUCGUCCGUGACUCACGAGCCUGUGCUCUUGGAUGCAAUUUCGAGUUUGAAAGGUUAAUGGAGACUAUGCGAGUUUUGGAUAAUGAGAUAUGCUAUCGGGCCAAGGAUUACCUUACUGUCCACAAAUUAUUUGCCACUCGAGCUGAUCUUUACCGAACAGUAUAUACACAUCCAAAAGUAAAGGCCAUAGAGCUUAUGGUAGUGGAUGUCUUGGUGAAAGCAAAUGAGUAUCUACAUAUUUCUUCCUUCAUUAACGAACCCUCAGAAUAUUGGAAGUUGGAUGACACAAUAAUUAAAACCAUUGAGAUUUCUUCUCAUCAAGAAUUGCAAGAAUCUAGAGAUUUAAUCCAACGCAUACGAAGGCGAAAUCUUUACCAGUUCUGCAACGAAUAUGCGGUACCUAAGGACAAGCUAGACAACUUCAAAAAUGUCACAGCACAAGAUAUUAUUUGUUCUCAGAUAAAUGGUGGAGUUAUACUCAGGGAGGAGGAUCUUGUUGUGUGCAAUGUUAAGAUUGAUUUGACUCGUGGAAGGUACAAUCCAUUUGAAAACAUCCAUUUUUUCCAGGAUUAUGAAAGUGAGGAGAAAUUAUGUAUACCUAAUGAACGUAUUAGUCACUUGUUGCCGACAUCUUACCAAGAUCUGAUAGUGAGGGUGUACUCCAAAAAGCCUGAAUUGGUGGGAGCUAUCUCGGAUGCUUUUGAAAAUUUCCAAUUAAAAACAUACGGAAUCAAAACGCAAGUGCAUGCGACUCCAGAGAAAAAGAAACAGCGUGCAUGAGGAUGCUUAAAAAAAAGUCUGAACAAAAUAAAAUAAAAUGCUACGGUGCACCACAAAUUAAUCAAGCUAAAACACCUUGGGACCACACAGAAGCAUAUGAUUUUUGCUUGAUGGUGAUUUUUCUCAACUGGGAUUAUCCCAAAAAAUUUUGUAUAGACAUGUGAGUUUGUGAACUUUACAGUUUUACUAAAAUAUUGUUUUUUUUUCUUGCUUCUGACUUUCUCUUAUUAAAAGCAAAGUGUUACUUCUGUUCUGUUUUGAGGCUGAUAGUUAGGUUACUUGGUCACUUCUUCUUCUUCCUGUAUGCUACUACUACAAUGGUUUGUCUGCAAUAAAGUUGGAUAAUUAUGUUGU